ACCUCCUUACAAAUCUCCCCAUAUACAGACCCAAAUCUUGUGACAGUGAGGUGAAAGGAAAACUAGGGUUUGGCUUUAUUUGAAAACAAGUGAAGUUUGUGUUGUGUUUGAUCAUCAAAUUAACCUUUCCCCCAAACCUCUGUUCACCCAAAACCCCAAAUUAUUCACAAAGCAAACAACUUUUUUAACUUUUGUUUUUGUUUUUUUAUUUCCAAAGAAAUGAGUGGUGUUGCUUCAAUGGCAUUAUGCAAAUCAAAGCACCUUAAAAAUCUAAUCUUUAUUCCCUUUUCAUAUCGCCGGUUUCUUCAUAAACCCAGUUUUUCUCAUGUUAUACAUAAGGUUAUGGAUUGUGAAUCGGCUUUUAGAAUGUCAUAUGGAUAUGAAAGAUACCUUCCCGGGGGUCUCUUGUGGUGUCAUUCGUCUCCUGUGCACAUGGGUCAUAAGGAUGUAGAGGCAACGGUCAGCUGUGAAACAGAUGGGGCAGUUAAUGCUUCAGGUGAAGUUAAACCUAAGAGAAAGAAGUUGAAGGGAAAACGAGCAGUUGUAAGGUGGUUGAAGUUUUUUAGGUUCAAGAAAAAGAAAGAUUACGCUAGAAUGACUGCAGAAGAAAAGAUUUUGUUUAAGUUGAGAAAGGCUCGAAGAAAGGAGGAACAGUUGCUUACAGCUCUGAACAAAAUCGAACCUAAAGAGUCAUCAGAAACAACCCAUGAUCCAGAAAUACUAACUCCUGAAGAACAUUUUUACUUCUUGAAAAUGGGGAUGAAGAGCAAGAAUUACGUGCCUGUUGGAAGACGAGGGAUAUAUCAAGGUGUUAUUCUAAACAUGCAUUUGCAUUGGAAGAAACACGAGACACUACAAGUGAUAAUAAAAACGUUUACACCAGAGGAGGUCAAGGAGAUGGCUGUAGAGCUUGCGAGAUUAACUGGAGGAAUUGUGCUCGAUAUUCAAGAUAAUGACACUGUCAUUAUGUAUAGAGGGAAGAACUAUUCACAGCCUCCUACUGAGAUAAUGUCUCCUAGGGUCACUCUCCCUCGGAAAAAGGCGUUAGACAAAUCAAAAUAUACAGACGCCCUUCGGGCUGUUAGGAGAUACAUUCCCAGACUUGAGCAAGAUCUUGAGCUUCUUCGUGCAAAGGCCGAAAAUGAACCAGGGGUUGAUUUCGAGACACAAAUAUCCGACACUGACAUUGUUGAACCUGAAGAACUAUCGAGCGUUCAACUUGAAGCUACAAAAAAACUCAAAGAACUUGUUGCAAGAAAUGAAAAAUUCAAUGAAGAUGAUCAUUCUAUGACGGGUUCAGAACUAGUUUCAGAUUCAGAAGAUUUGUCGGAUAUUUUUGAGACAGAUUGUGAAACAGAUGAAGAGAAGGAUGAAAAACCACUAUAUUUGGAUGAAUUUGAAAAACUACCUGCGGAAAGUAAUGAGGUCGAAGAAGAUUUUGAGGAGCAUUUAAGGCGGAUAUCUGCCAAGUCAAAAAGGGAAAAGGAUAAGGGACCAGAUUUUGAUGAGGUUGAUCGUGUUAUUCUGAAAGCUGCCUCACUUUUAAAGAAGAGAAAUCUAUAAAGUUUUGUGCUGACUGUUGCGGUGUACCCUUUUCAAGAAAACUGUCUCGAUGAGCAGUGAUAAGAAGUUGUUAAAAUGUUAAAUGACUUUUAAACAUAAAAUACUAACUAUAUUCAAGUUCUUCAAUUUUGGCAUA